AUGGGACUGGUCAAUGAAACGUUGUCUACUAAACGGUACCCUUCUAGUGGCCUAUCGGCUCUGGUGAUCGGCGGAGGUAUCGCAGGCCUUUCGUUUGCCAUUGAGGCUUAUCGAAAAGGCCACGAUGUUCGAAUUGUUGACCGAAGGCCAAAUUUCGAUGAUUAUGGCGACGUUAUCGCUCUGCAGCAGUCUGCUCUGAAAACACCCCAACAGUGGUCCAAUUUCAUGGAGCGACUACAGAAUGUCAGCAUCUUUUCGCCUCUCGACAUGCGCAAGUACGAUGGCACGUCGGUCGGCCAGUUCCCCCCUACCAACCCAGACUAUCCGAGCCUGGUUACCACUCGUUCAGAGCUCCACAAGCUCCUCUAUCAAUACGCCCAGGAACUUGGAAUUGCUGUCGAGUUCAACGCCACGGUUGCCGAUUAUUACGAGACGGAUGAAGCCGGCGGCGUACUCCUCAGUGACGGCCGGAAGCUUGAAGCUGAUGUAGUCGUCGCGGCGGACGGUGUGGGCUCCAAGGCUUGUCUACUUGUCUCCGGCUACAAGGACAGGCCUAGCAGCAGCGGUUCUGCUGUGUAUCGUGCUACGUACCCAGUCGCCGUAGCUCUCCAAAAUCCAGUCAUUGCGGAAUGGCUUGCCGGUCACGACACUUACGUAGCCAUGUUCAUGGGCCCCGACGCGUACGUGGUCAUUGGUAGGACUGAGAACACAGUAUGCUGGGUCAUGACACGCAAGGACGAUGGCGAAGCUGAAGAGAACUGGAACAAGACGGCACCUACGCACAAAGCUCUGGAUUAUGUCAAGGGAUGGGCGCCCAUCGUGCAGGAAAUGAUCAAAACAACGCCGAAUCAGUCUUGCACCGAUUGGAAAUUGAUGUGGCGUGAUCCACAGGACAGUUGGAUAGUCGGCAAAUUCGUUGGUGACUGGAUAGUGAAGCAUGACCCGGAGGCAUAUGUCUAUGAAAACUACGGCAAGUGCGUCAAUCACCUGCUCAUGGGAGCCCCUUUCGAGAAUACCAAUGCCGUUCCUGGGUACCGUUACAAGCCAUGGACAGUUUCAGAGGUUCUUAAGGCUUAUGAGGAAAAUGGACAGCUUGCCGAUGAAGGUGAAUGGUUAUAA